AAAGCAAUUAUACUCCUAUAAAGAUGUUAAAAACAACAAAAAAAGAAAUAAUACCAACUGAAAACAAGUCAUAUUUAUAUAGGACUUCAUGGGCCAAUCUCUAUUCCAAUGCUUUGCUUACAAUAGCUAAAUUAAAUCUUCACUAGAGUUCCAUCAGUGUUAUCAUUACCCAGUUUUACAGAUAAAGAAAACAAAGACAAGGUUAAAGGUCACACGGCUGUAGGGAAGGAAAAAUAAUUUUCCCUCUACGAGACCCCUGAAAUAAAAGACAGAUUAACAAGAGAAAAACAAAACAGAAGUAACAUGUAGCCCUCAUGUAUACGUGGGAGACCCAGGGAAAAAUGAGUAACUCCUCAAGGUGGCUUAAAAUUCAGACUUAAACACCAUCUUAAUAGGGAAAAGGGGUUGGGGGGUGGUAUGUAUGUAGGCCUCUUAGGGGAGAGUAAAUAAUUUUUAGGAGAGAUGAUUGGGCCCUUAGAAGAAUAGAUGGGAGAGGUAUGACAGGAUAAAAUAAAAUUAUGUUUAAGGCAGGACAAGAAAAUUUCUAAACAUAAAAUUUUCUCUCUGCUUAUUUGGGCCACUACCCCCCUCUUUAGUGUGCAUUGUGCACAUUACAGAUUGACCAGACUUCCUUAGAAGACACAGGAAUGCCUGCUUCAUUGAAAAGAGCAAUUUUCUCCUGGUUCCAGCAAGGUAACUCCUUAGGGAGAUAACAUUCCUUUCUCAAUCCUUUAAGGGAUUGUGAUGCCCCACUACUCACCUGGUAUGUGAAGGUCUGGACUAUGUAGACUCAAUAUGUAACUUUGAUAUAUGAUUCUUUGUCUCAAAAACUUAUAUAGCUGUGCUUUGACCUCUGACAAGCAGAACAGUCCUCAGAGUUUUCCGAAAGACUGUCUCCCAGGUUAUAAUCCUCAGGUUGGCUCUAACAAAAUCCUCUCUUUCUUUCUUAGAUUGACAAUUAAUUUUUGUGGACAAUAGUUUGUGCCAAGGUUUGUCUGGGUCUGGUGUCAAUUUUUAGUGUCCUUUCCUCAGAUAAGUGUCACUCUUCCCUAGUUAAUGAAACUCCUUGGGAAGGGAUUUAUGACAAUGGAGUUCCUUUUGGAGGAUCUGUCUUUAGGCAGAUAAUGGGAGUUCAGAGAAAUCUUCCCUCUGCAUUUGCUGUUUUUCUGCUACAGCUCAAAAUAAUCAACAUACCUAUAAGGGAGGGAAAAUAACUUUCCUUCUACCCUUCUAAGUUCUUGGCUGAGAACCACUGUAUAAAAGGUAGAUUAACAAGAGAAAAGCAAACAGAAGCUUAAUAACAUGUAUACCUCACAUAGGCUUGAGAAAUACCUAGAAAAACUGAGUAAACUCCCAAAAUUGGCCCAAGCCACCACCUUAAAUACCAUCUUCAGGUAAGAAGUGGGUGAGAGCCAGUUAUGAGAGGUUACCAGGAAAAGGAACAACGAGGGUAAGGUUGUUAUACAGAAUUAAGUCUAGUGCCUCCUCAUUGAUGAGAUACUCUGGUGAUUUAGUCAUCCUUCUCUUCCCGGUACAAAGAAAAAGACACAAAUUAAAAUUCCCUUUAUAAAUGUAAAUGACCCUCACAAAAGAGUAAAUUCUACUCUGUUUUUAGAAAUGUUUUUGUGUUUGGUGUUUUUAAAAAAAUAAUCAGCUCAAAAAUAGUCCUUCUGCCAAAGAAGCAUAUGGGAGUGGGGGAAUGGGGAGUCAUAUUCUGGUACCCUUAGCAACUAACAGUCACUUCCUCCUGAAUGAGAAAGUACAGUAUUUGCCAUAAAAUACUGUAUAAGCCUCCACUAAAAUUCUCAGCCGAAGAAAUAAACAGCCUCAGAUGCAAAGAGCAAAGGGAGCAAAACAAUCCAGAGUUUAAAAGCGAACCUCUUUACUAACUUCGCUCUCCCACAUAGUCAUUGGAUCACUGCCGAGAGGGGCGGAGCCAAAGGGGCGCUGUCAGUGACUCUUUUUCCCGCCUGCGCUUUCAGUUCUCAACGAGGUCCGACUAUAGCUUAUAAUUGCUCUUGACCAAGUAGUAGCCUAGUGCAUUCUGUACGUUUGCGAUAAUUUAGGUAAUCAUGUCUGGACGUGGCAAAGGCGGCAAGGGUCUGGGUAAGGGAGGCGCUAAGCGCCACCGCAAGGUUCUGCGCGACAACAUCCAGGGCAUCACCAAGCCAGCUAUCCGCCGCCUGGCCCGGCGUGGCGGGGUGAAGCGCAUUUCCGGCCUCAUCUACGAAGAGACCCGCGGGGUGCUGAAAGUAUUUCUGGAAAACGUGAUCCGGGACGCCGUCACCUACACCGAGCACGCCAAGCGCAAGACUGUCACCGCCAUGGACGUGGUCUACGCGCUCAAGCGCCAGGGACGCACUCUCUACGGCUUCGGCGGCUAAAGUCUCGUUCUAUAUUUUUUUUAAAGGCCCUUUUCAGGGCCGCCCACCUCCGCUCAGGAAGAGCUGUACGCGACUUCCGUGUUCAAAAA